AUGACCAAAUUAUUCAUUACCGGUGCCACAGGCUACAUCGGAGGUGAUUCCCUAGCCACGCUUGUUGCCAAUCAUCCGGAGUUCUCAUAUUCUGCCCUUGUUCGCAGCACCGAGAAGGCUGAACAGGUCAAGGCUCAGUACCCAUUUGUCCGUAUCAUAAUCGGAGACCUAGACGAUUCAGCCUUACUGGAGCGAGAAAGUGCCGCCGCAGACAUCGUGCUGCACACUGCGGAUGCGUCAGACCAUGUGGGAGCCGCAAAGGCCAUUAUUUCUGGUAUUGUAGCUGGUCACACUAAGGAGAACCCAGGCUACUUACUCCAUACCGGGGGAACUGGUAUUCUGACAUGGGAGGAUAGCGACAAGAAAGAAUACGGAAAUAGAAGCGAGCACGUCUAUAAUGACUGGGAUGGAGUGGAUGAAUUACUCAAUCUACCAGAUCAUGCAUUUCAUCGGAAUAUCGACAAGCUCAUCCUCGAGGCUGGAACCAAGCAUACCGAUGUGCUCAAGACGGCACUUGUUUGUCCGCCUACGAUCUACGGCAAGGGUCGAGGUCCAGUAGGCCAAAUUUCGCGCCAGGUAUAUGUAUUAGCAAAAAUGACGCUCCGCCGCCAGAAGGCCCCGAUAAUCGGCGCCGGCCAGUCAAUUUCAAAUCACGUCCACAUCCACGACCUGACUGACGUCUAUGCUCUACUCAUCGACGCGGCAAUUGCAGGCCGAACUGAUGAUGGGCUCUGGGGUCCUAAGGCCUACUACCUUACCGAAAACGGGGAACACUGCUGGGGCGAGCUAGCUCAAGCUACAGCAGAGGUAGCGGUAAAGCUGGGAUACUUACCAGAGGCAAAGACUGAGGCACUUGACCCCAGUAACGCCAAGGAAUAUGCAGGAUAUGAGUCUCUUAGCUGGGGAAUGAACUCUCGUGGUCGCUCACAGCGGGCCCGCGAGAUCCUGGGAUGGAAUCCCUCACGGCCCAGUCUGGUGGAUGAACUACCUGAGAUUAUUCGCGGCGAGUGGCAGCUACUGCAAGACGCUUCUUAA